AUGCAUGGCAUCAAACUUUUAACUAUUUUCUUCGGUCAACUUUUAUUAUGUAUUAUCUUUGUAACAUCAGAUUUAUUAUCUUCAAUUCAAUGUCUUGAUCGCGGUUUUUCACCAGAUAAUUUACUCUGUUCAAAUUGUCAUGAUUUAAAACAAUUUAAAUUAAAUGAAUUAGAAAAUACAUGUCAAGAAUGUUGUACUCAUACUGAUAAUGCAGAAGAUAAAACAAUAAAAUAUCAUCGAGCUAUUCUUACCCUAUGUACAUGUAAAUUUGGACGAUAUCCACAAAUCGAAGCUUUUAUUAAAAGUAAACGUCUACAACGAUUUCCAACAUUUAGUUUUAAACAUGUUGUUGGCGCUGAACCUAUUCUUCAUUUAUAUAAUGAUAAAGAUGAAGAAAUACAAUCAUUAGGUAUUGAAAAAUGGGAUACAGAUACAUUAACAGCAUUUCUUGAAGAAAACUUACAUGUUUAA